AUUAAACAAUAUUUUACUUUGUCAAUCAACGAAUAUGUCCGGAAUAACGAUUAAGAGAGCGCUCCCUCGGUUGGAGCGCACUUCGCAAUACGCCGUUGGUCCAACAUUGGGCCAGCGCCGGGCUUUCACCAGCUCACUUCCACAUCAAAAGCACGGUUUCCCAACCUUCCAACCGACAUCAUCUCCCGAACUCGAUAAUAUCCUCUCUAAAUUCCGCAACACUGUUUUCCUGCCGGCGCAUUUGUCGAAACAGCAUCGUGAUCUCGUCUAUUCCUUCAAACAUAAAAAAAGCCUGGACACGGUCCCAGUAACGGUGGAGAUAGGAGGGGACGAAAUACGUUUAAAGCACAUAAACAGGACGAAGGAUGUACCAAACCAGCGCAUAGCGUUACGUGAGGCGCUAGGGUUAAUGAAGGACAAGAAAGAUUGGGACAACUUCCCCCUCCUGCUUGAGGGCCUUCAUUCCGCGGGUCGUGCUACAGACGGGACGGUUUUAGAGCAGUUUGUAAGAAAGGCUGGCCAGGCUGGUCGCCAAUAUAUCGUCCUAGAAAGCGCGCGGAGAGUAUCAAAGACCGGGUUCCGGAUCAACACCCGAGAUCUUUCCAAGAUGGUGAUGUGGUGGAUUCAGCAUCGUGCACUGGUCAACGGCUUCAGCCAGGCGGAAACCAAGAAGGCACUUUCGAUGGCCGAGCAGAUUGCUAUCCUCAUGGAGGACAAGGCACAUGCAGGUGGAAGGGUUACUGACUCCGAGGAUCCAAGAACAAGCCCGGAGGUUAUAGGCGUGCUCCUGCAGCUAAGUGCUCUCAACGCAAAGCAUCAAGGGGGUAAAGACGAGAACGGCACUGUCGAGAAGUACGCCAAGAGUCUUCUGGCUAGCCUACAAGACAAAGAGCUAGAGGGAAUGCUUCAAAACCGGAAAACCGACCCGGCACGGAUACAGGAGGUAGAGAGUAACUCUAUGCUGCAAACUGUCGCGCCUAUCCUCCUUGGUGUGAGGACAGCGAUUUCGGUACUUGAGCAAAGCUCCGACACUACCAGACAACUCCGCGACCUGGAAACCAAGCUAUCUGCCCAAGUUGCGCAGGAUGUUGAGACCUUGAAGGCAGUUGCAGGCUCGGGGGAGCGACUGGGACUUUGGGUGUACGAAAAUACAGCCGGGGCAGAGUAGGGUUGACGAUUGCAUGUCAUAACAUGGUAGUGUACUGUAUAUUACAAAUUUGUAUAUUUAGCCUUAUGGAAGAACUAUGUACUUUUCAAGAUGCUGGGGU